AUGGCAGGCCGGGACCCUCCUCCCUCUCCUCCUCCUCCCUAUUUCCAGCAAUUCCCGGCGCUGCCCUACCCGACUUGGGCCCAAGCCGCCGCCGCCGCCGCCCGACCUCCCCUGCCGGCCGCGACCCGCCCUCCUCUCCUCCUGGCGGCCGUCGCGAGCGCGGAGCCGGCGGCUGCCGCGGAAGCCGCGGCGCGUGCGGCGGCAGAGGCGCGCGCGGGCGCGGACACAGCACGCGCGGACGCAGACGUGCGCCCGGAUGCUCCAGCGCUCGCGGACACGGCAGCGCUCGCGGCUGCAGCGCGUGCGGCGCGAGGGGAGCGCGCGCCUGCAGCAGACGACGACUCGAGCGCAGCAGCCUACGCCCGGGGAGCUGCUGCCGCCAUUGCUGCAGGGCUUGGCAUGCCCCUGGACAUGGAGACUCUGCCCAGGACACUCCUCACAGCCGGGGGCGCCCUGUCCAGGGGGCUUCCUGCCGUGGGCACGACUCCCUUCCCUGCACCGCCUCCGCCGCCCGUGAUGCAUCGUCCGGACUCCACCCUCCUCGCCGCUCUCGCCACUGCUCGUGCUGCAGCUGCGGAGGGCCGGGCCCGCGUGCGUGAGGCCGCUCUCGCUUGGGAGCGCGAGCGUGACGUGGCCGACGCCUUGGCCCGCCAGAUUGCCGACGCGGAGCAGUUCCUCGGCCUUCCGGCCUCGCCUGACGUCGGGACCACGUCCUCGGCAUCGGCUCCGGUCGUCUGGCACGAUCCGACCGACCCCCACGUGGUGCAGCUCCACUACCAGGCAGGGGGCGUCCAGAACAUACGCCUCCUCGUCCCGGUCGUCCUCGAGCCCGAGUCGCCCUCCUACGCUCCGUCGUCCUCCUGGAUUCUGGGGACGAUCUCCCUGGAUCUCCACGACCUCGUCCGCAACACCCCGAGCGCUCGCGGGGCCUGGCUGGCGCUCGAGGGCCAGUUCCUGGGCAACGCCGAAGCCCGGGCUCUGCGGCUCGACGCGAGCUUCCGCACCUUCGUCCAGGGAGACCUCUCCGUCAGCGAGUACUGCCGCCAGAUGAAGGGUAUGGCGGACUCCCUCGGCGACCUCGGCUGGCCCGUGGAGGACCGCAUCUUGGUCCUCAACGUUCUCCGCGGGCUCAGUGACCGGUACUCCUACCUCCGGACGUGGAUCACCAGGCAGCGGCCCUUCCCCACCUUCCUGCAGGUCCGUGACGACCUUGUCAUGGAGGAGCUUACUCAGGGCCUACAGCCUGGGUCCACCUCCGCUUCGGGGUCCUCGUCCUCCUCCUCGACUGCUCUCGCUGCCACUCCGCCCCGUCCCGCCACCCCACCACAGUCGUCUCUUCUUGGUCCCCUUCCCCCCGGGCCGAGCGGGGGUGGGGGGGGUCGGGGCGGCCGCCGUCGUCGUGGUGGGGGACGUGGAGCAGGUCGUGGGGGCAACACGACGCCGCCGCCACCUCCACGGGGUGCACCCUGGCCAUCCUACAACAACCCAUGGUCAGGGCGCAUCUCCAUGUGGCCGUUCCAGGCUUCCGGUGGCGAGCCUCGCCCGCCGGCGGCCAUGCUUGCGGGUGCUCCCCCGGGGUUCCCCUCAGUGACCCCGUGGGCGGCCCCGUUCCCCGCGCACUCGUGGGCUACUCCACCGGCGACCUUGCCCGGGUCUGCUGGCUGGGACCAGGCGGCCUUGGCGCACUCCUUCAGCACCAUGGCCCUGACACCCCCAGUCGGGCCGGAGUGGGUCGCCGACUCUGGGGCUACUUACCACACCACUCCUAACCCCGGAUUUGGCUUCCCGGCGUCCUCUGCUCCGAUGUGACAGCACGGGGCCCCUUUACACUCUUCGCUUUCCGGCAUCUGCCUCGCCUCCUUCGCCGGUUUUGUCAGCUGCCUUCGCCAC